AUGGCCGUCAAGGGGGGUCCUGCGGACAACAGGACUAGAAGCACUGUGUCUAUAUGCAUAGUGAUUGGCUUGUGCUGCUUCUUCUACAUCCUCGGGGCGUGGCAGAAGAGUGGCUUCGGAAAGGGGGACAGCAUUGCCCUGGAGAUCACGAAGCGGACCGAUUGCACUAUCUUGCCGAACCUCAGCUUCGACACACACCAUUCUAAACAAGGCAGCUCCGGCGAUCUUGUUUCGCCGGUGAAGAAGUUUAAACCAUGCCCGGACCGCUUCACGGACUAUACACCUUGCCAAGAUCAAAAUAGAGCUAUGAAAUUUCCUCGGGAGAACAUGAAUUACAGAGAGCGGCAUUGCCCACCGCAGAAAGAAAAGCUGCACUGCCUCGUACCACCGCCUAAGGGAUAUGUUGCUCCAUUCCCAUGGCCCAAAAGUCGGGACUAUGUUCCUUUUGCGAAUUGCCCCUAUAAGAGCUUGACGGUCGAGAAAGCCAUACAGAACUGGGUGCAGUACGAGGGCAACGUCUUCAGAUUCCCCGGUGGAGGGACACAGUUCCCUCAAGGUGCUGAUAAGUACAUUGAUCAACUGGCAUCAGUUAUACCGAUUGCCAACGGGACCGUCAGGACUGCAUUGGACACUGGUUGCGGGGUAAGCGGAGAUAUCAAACUGGUGGCUAGCUGGGGAGCUUACUUGUUAAAGAGGAAUGUUUUAGCCAUGUCGUUUGCACCCAGAGAUUCACACGAAGCCCAAGUACAGUUUGCUCUGGAGAGAGGUGUCCCAGCUGUUAUUGGUGUUCUUGGCACAAUUAAACUCCCUUAUCCAGCAAGAGCCUUUGAUAUGGCCCAUUGUUCUAGGUGCUUGAUUCCAUGGGGAAUGAAUGAUGGACUCUAUAUGAUGGAAGUUGAUAGGGUUCUAAGACCUGGUGGAUACUGGGUGCUGUCAGGUCCUCCAAUUAACUGGAAGGCGAACUACAAGGGUUGGCAACGUACAAAGGAGGAUCUUGAGGCAGAGCAGAACAAGAUAGAGGAAAUGGCUGAGCUUCUAUGUUGGGAGAAAGUCUCGGAGAAGGGUGAGACGGCAAUAUGGAGGAAAAGAGUAAAUACCGAGUCCUGUCCUUCUAGGCUAGAAGAAUCCACUGUGCAGAUGUGUGAAUCAACAAAUGCAGAUGAUGUCUGGUACAAGAAGAUGAAGGCAUGUGUUACACCUCUUCCUGAUGUAGAAAAUCCAAGUGAAGUUGCCGGAGGAGCAAUCAAGCCCUUCCCAAGCAGGCUCAACGCAAUUCCUCCAAGAAUUUCUAAUGGGUUAAUUCCAGGGGUUUCAUCUCAAGCAUAUGAGAAAGACAACAAAAUGUGGAAGAAGCAUGUGAAGGCUUAUAGCAAUGUGAACAAGUAUCUACUUACUGGUAGGUACAGAAACAUCAUGGACAUGAAUGCAGGUUUUGGGGGUUUUGCUGCGGCGAUCGAGUCCCCAAAAUCUUGGGUGAUGAAUGUGGUGCCAACCAUAGCAAAGAUUGCAACCCUGGGGGCUGUUUAUGAGAGAGGAUUGAUUGGCAUUUACCAUGACUGGUGUGAAGCGUUCUCUACUUAUCCAAGGACCUAUGAUCUUAUCCAUGCUAGUGGCCUUUUCACCUUGUAUAACAAUAAGUGCAGCAUGGAAGACAUCCUCCUUGAGAUGGACCGCAUCUUGAGGCCUGAAGGUGCUGUUAUAAUGCGUGACGAUGUCGAUGUCUUGACAAAGGUGAACAAACUCGCUCGGGGCAUGAGAUGGAACACGAAGCUAGUUGACCACGAGGACGGCCCCCUAGUGCGUGAGAAGGUCUUGUAUGCUGUGAAGCAGUAUUGGGUUGGCGGAAACCAGACGGCCGCAUCGUGA